UCCCCGCCAAGAUGGCGCUGUCCGGCGUGAGGUUGUGCCGCCAGUUGUCUUUGGCACGGUUGUCCGGAAUCCGGACAAGUGUGAUAAAAGCCGACGGCCUUUCCCCGCCCUUCGCGUUCUCCCGGUCGAGACUGUCCCUGUGUAGACACUAUUCCUCUUCAGAGGCCAGGCGAGGUGUUGGUCGACAUGUGAUGUCCAGGAUCCAGUGGGCAAAUAGCAAGUAUGAGGGUUUCCUUAAAAGACGAUUCCCCCGAUUUUAUCAACUCUAUCACACUUUUGUGGAAGGAUUCAAGUUACUCUUCCAGGAUGCCAAAGAUUUUAGGAGAAUUAAAACUAGGAUGUUCGUUGACAAUAUAAAAGUCCAUGAUUUGCCCUACAGAGAUAUGGAGAAACUGCGACAGAUUCGCCGAGACUUGAUCAAAGCCAUUCCACUGGUGAUGAUAUCUAUACCCCCGUUUGCCAACUACCUGGUGUUUGUCCUGAUGUACUUUUUCCCUCGACAGCUGCUGAUCCGCCAUUUCUGGACUCCCAAGCAGCUGAUGGAGUUCCGUGGUUUGUACCAUUCUUUCAGGGCUCAGCAUCACAUGGCAGUGCUGAAGGGACUUGAGAAAACAGGCUUCCAAGUCAAAGACGGUCAUCUGCAAAGUCGCCUGAAGGACUUGUGUGUUAAAGUGCAAAAUGGGGCACAUCCAAAAGUGUCUGAACUCCACGCCGUGCGCAGCCUAUUCUCUGGACCCCCGUUUGGAAUGAGGCGGAUGAGUGUGGGUCAAAUGAGACACAUCUGCCCGCUGCUCUUCCUGACACCUCGCCUGCCGGGUUUCCUGGUCAGCAGUCGGCUUAACAGUCACGCGGUGGAGCUGCUUCAUCUGGACCGGGCCCUCAGCAAACUCGGCCCUCAACAGCUGAGCGAGUCCGAGCUGCGACAGGCGUGUUAUGUCAGGGGUCUCAACGCCGAUGGUUUUAGCACCAACCAGUGCCACGAGUGGCUGUCCCAGUGGCUUCAAGUCACUUCUGUGUUGAAAGAGUCAGAGGUGUCCCUGCUCUUGCACAGUAUGGUGUUACUCUCUGCCAACUACCCACCCCGUCUCGGCCGACACUGACCGGUUGCCCGGAGACGUCCAGCCUUUCCAUUCAGCUGGAAGUCACGUGAUGGGUAGGGCCACUUCCCACGAGCAGAUGGAAGCUGCUUUCUAGAGGGCAGCCCAUUUAAAAAGGAAGAGUGCUGUGCGUACAAGGAUAAAACUAUGAUCUUCCAAAACCAGAGAACCAAGACCCUAAUUGGUGAUGUCAUCCCGACACGUGGCAUUUAAUGAAACUCGACAGUUAUUGGAUUAGGAAAAUAUUCCAACCAAGCGUUUAUAUCCAAAUGAUUUAUGUUUUUGUUUAGCUGUCAAUUCACCAUUUGGUCCAGAAUGACAAAGUGAGUAUUGCCAUAAAGCAUUUUUUUUUCUCCAUUUGUCCUGUGUAGUGUGACAUCACAGUUUAAAAGUUAUUUUUGUUCCUCACAAUUGAGAAAUGUUCAUAAACUUAAACUAAGCUGUCCACGUGGCUAGGUAUAACCCACUGGAAUGCAGAAAAUCCAGCGUUAAGCUUUACUGCAGGUCGGGACAGGUCUCGUUGCAGGCCUGCAUUAUGUGAUGCUCUGGCUUGUUCUUAAGGUAACCUGCUAUAUAACAAACCGCCACUUGAAGACUCCAGUUUACGUUCAAUAAAUGCAUAAUCAUUCAAAAAAGGCAUAUUAGGCACUGAAAAGAGCUGCGUAGUGCUUUUGUGGUCUGCUAAUGUUGACAGACCAGGGAAACAUGAAACUGAAUUGUCUACAGACAUUCCAGUCUAAACACAAAGAUGAGAUAACCUUUUGUUUCACGUUUCCCAUGUUUUAAUGGAACACGGUGCAGGUAUUUCUCUUUUAGUCAUGCUUUUUACUUUAGUUAAUGCCACCAAACUCCCUCGAUAAAAUGGGCUUUUGCAAAAAAAACAAAACAAAACGAUAUUGUGAAGUUGACAAAAAGCAAGUUAAAGGAAAAGAAUCUCAAAGCAGGGGCACAUCCACAAGAAAGGAGGUGGAGUUCACCUUUUUCCGAGAAAACAUUUUAUGAAAUUGGUCGACGGUUGCUGAAAUAGUAAAGAAAUCCGGAAAUGGAAGAAUUGCAAAGACACUUGAUCUUGUUUAAUUCGUCUCGAGGGAGAAGCGGAAAACACGCAACUCGACACUUUUGGCCGCAGUACAAUUACAAAGCCUCUGAAGUACGGCGGCGGGGUGUGAAAACAUUUGUGAAGGCACUUUAACUGUUUACUUGAUGCUUUCCUGCUUCGGGGGCGCAGAAAGGAAGGAAGUCUGUUUUCUUCUCAGCGGAACACACUCCUGCACUGGGGGGGGGGGGGAUCGACACAUUUAUUGCAGGCUUGCAGUAAAAAGAGGAACUUUAGUAGUCUUGCGCAGCACUGGUGUUUUUGGGUGGGGGAAAUUAUGAAAUGGGAAUUGUUGUUUGCAUUCUGUGCCUUUCCUAAGGACUACUAGAGUCAUUACUAAUAUGUUGUCAUCACGUUUCCAUUUUUAAACCCUUCUAUUUAUGAAUCAUGCUCCACAUUUUCUGCAUGUGUACUUGUG